AUGGCUCCCACGAUAGUCCUCAUCCGGCACGCCCAGGCCCUGCACAACGUCGAUAAUACGUCUCCCUCUUCCCUUGCCCCGAAGUCUGCUUCAAAUGGACAGAGCUUUGCAAAGCUGACACGAAAAGCACAGGACCACUCGAUCCACGACCCCCCGCUGACGGACCUCGGUCUCGAGCAGUGCGCCGCCCUGCGAGCCUCGCUGCUUGAGCGGUAUGGCGCUGACGGAUCUCUGCCGCCGCGCGAAGAGGAUAUCGCCGUGAUCGUCAGCCCGAUGCGUCGCACGCUGCAGACGGCAACGCUGGCGCUCGACUGGCUGCUGGACCGGGGCGUGCGGUUCGAGGCCAGCGCGGAUUGGCAAGAAAACUCAGACCAGCCCUGCGACACGGGCUCAGCCCUCGACGCCAUCGCCCCCUCCUUCCCACACGUCUCCUUCAGCAACGUCUCGCCCCUCUGGCCUGACAAGACGACGUCGUCUCCACCUUCACCUUCAUCAGCAGCGACCUCGCAGACUAAAGAGCCAACACCCGCACAGCUCUUCGGCUACUCGCGCGCCAGCAUCCUCGCCCGCGGCCGCCGCGCCCUCGAGGCCCUGCACGCCCGCCCCGAGCGCCUCGUCUUCGUCGUAUCCCACUCGGGCUUCCUGCGCGCGGGCGUCUCCCGUUGGUGGUUCUUCAACGCCGACUUCCGCGUCUUCGACUUUGUGGCCGCGGGGGCGCCGUCGUCGUCUGGGCAGGCGGAGGGCGAUGGCGAGCAGCAGAAGGAGGAGGCGGCGCGAGGCGAAGAGGACGACAGGUUGCUGCUGAGGCAGGAAGAGGGCAUGGUCAACGGCGGGAUGGGAUGGUCGCUGCCUGAGAGGGUGGCGCUCGGCGAGGGUCUUCCGAAUGGUGAGAACGGCGUUGCGGCAUAG